AUGACUGUAAGUGAAAGGUUUCGUACCAGAAAUAUGAAUUCUUCAGUUGUAGAAAGUCAAGAUGAGGAUUUAAUUGUAUAUCAUAACAUUUCGAAUCAAACUUUCUUAGAUUUGAAGAAAAAAAGGGAUGAAUUUAUUGAUGAAUCAUGUAAAUUAGUCAUUUCAACCGGUAUUGGAGUAGAUCCAAAGGAUAUUGCAACCGAAUAUUCAAAUCUUAUUAAUGAAGAAUUUAAUGAUUUUUGGCUACUAUUUCUUUCUGAUGAUUUACUAAAUCAUUAUUCUACUAUUCUAUCACCAAAAGAUAGUUCAAGCGGGAAAAUCAGAGAAUCUUUAGUUGCGAUAUCAUCUGCAAUUGAAAGAAAAAGAAGUUUACAAAGAAAAAUUGAAAAUUUAAUUAAUGAAAAAGUUAUAGAGCAAUUAAAUGUUAUUCAAUGCGCAAAAAAUAACGAGGAAUUAAGUUCUGAAACAUGUGAAAAUUUAAACACUUCAAAUGGAAUCGAAGAAAAGCAUAAUAUUAUUAAUGUUAGAAAUGCACCAAUUCUCUAUUAUGAUGUUCCUUCUGAGCUAUUUGAAACAAUCUCUGAUUUUAAAUAUAAUAUACAAAGAUCUCUCGAUGCAAAUGAUCCAUAUUAUAAAAUACAAAUUUAUUACGGUUUGAUUUUAUUGAUACAUGAAAGGAUGAAAUCAAAUAAAUAUGCAAUUGGUAAAUCAAACGAAGAGAUAGCAUCUUUUUUGGUCAAUAAUAAUGUAUUUUAUGAAAAUUUGUCUUUUCAUACUUUUGCAGAAGUUGUUAAAUUUGAGUUUGAGAAUCCGGUUGAAUACAAUAAUGCCUCACUAUGCAAUUUUACAAAUGCAAUACAAUCUUUUCUUUAUGAUACUCAAAUUAUGCCUCAAGAUAUUCCUUACGGUAUAAAGCUGAAAUUAAUAAAUUUUGAUGAAGAAUAUACAGAAGAAAAAAUCUUAGAGAUCGCAAUUAAAUUUAUUUCAUGCUCACUAUGCUUAUUAUAUCCUGAUUUUAAUGUAUCAUUAUUCGCAGGAGCUACAUAUGAAAAUCAUGAAUUAUGCGCUUUAAUGAAAAUUCGAGUUCCAUUAAUCUUAUUUAAUAUUGUUAUGGAUUUACUUAUUUCAAUAAUCCGAGUUAAUUCAUUUGGAUAUUUCAUUCCAUGUAAGUUAGAUGAAUAUUUCAUUGAUUGUAAUAUGGAAAUAACAAAUAGAGUGAAAGAAACUUUUACUCAAAUUGAACAACAAUUGAUUUUUCAACAAGAAGAUUCACCAAUGAAUUUAUGGAAUUUUUGUUUAUGUUAA